AUGUUCUGCAAUGGUCAUCGUGAGAGCAAGGAGGAUAAGGUAACCAUUCACGAGGCCAGCUCCAGUGCCUUGCAGCUUCUUGUUGACUACGCCUACAUGUCAAAGGUGACCAUUACAGAGGACAAUGCCACAGAACUGAUGGAAGGGGCCAGCUUAAGCUUCUUCCAGGUUCCACCAGUCAGGGAUGCAUGCAUAAAGUUCUUAUCAGACAAUCUAAGUAUCAAAAACUGUAUGAAGGUGGUAAUCUUAGGUGGCAUGCUGAACUCCAACCUGGAAACAGAUGCAUUGUCGUAUGCCAUGAAAGAGUUUGCAGCAGCCUGCAAGACACCAGAGUUCCUCGAUUUGACAAAGGAUCAGCUUAUCAAGCUCAUCUCAUCAGACAAUGUCAGUGCUCCUGAAGAGACUGUAUACAUGUCAGUGAUGAAGUGGAUCAACCAUGACACUAGGAAGAGGAAGAAAGAGAUGAGAGAACUGAUGGAACUAGUCCGGUUUCCUUUCAUGGACAAGAUGUACUUCAUAGAAAAGGUACAGCCUGACAAGACCUUGUGCAAGUGCUGCCCGGAUAUUGUGUUAGAAACUCAGAAGUAUCAUGUAUUCCCAGGGGAGGUCCAGUCACCCCGCACCCGUCCCCGCCGUGCCAGUGGUCUGAGGGAGGCAGUGGUGGUCAUUGCGGGAAUAGAAGAACUGCCAAGGUACCUGCAUGCAGUUGCCUCCUUUGAUGGCAGCAUAUACGUGAUAGGUGGACGUGGUGCUGACGACCUUGCAACAUCUACGGUGUACCGCUUCAGCCCAGGAGAUUGUCAGUGGCAUUCAGCAAGCGACAUGCCGAACAAGGACAACGCUGUAGAGCUGUUGAAAGGGGCCAGCUUCUUCCAGUUUGAACCAGUCAAGGAUGCCUGCACAACGUUCCUCUCGGACACCCUAUGGAUCACAAACUGUCUGGAGAGAAUAAACGUGGCGAACAUGCUGAUGGACCACCAUCUGGAGACCAAUGCUUUGUCGUACGUCAUGAAAGAGUUUACAGCAGUCAACGAAACACUUUAG